AUGGCGAACCAGUCCACCCUCCGCCAGCGGCCGCAAGAUCGCUUCGCGCAGUACUUCGACCACUUCUACGAACGCCUACUUGAGCGUGUAGACCAGUUGCAAAAGCGUAGCCCGCUCGACAAACGAACGACUCAGCUCAUCGCCACGCUCGCACUGUCUUUGACCAUCAUCACCGGAGGGUAUGGAGGGUACAGAUGGUACAGCGGCCGGAAGAAAGAGAGAGACUUGGGCCAUCGACUAGUGAGACGGAAUAGCGGGUUGCGAAGUAAAGAUGGCACGCGAACGAUAUAUGUGCCCUAUAAGGACCGGACGAGCAAGGUUACCAUACAUCCCACCAAGCCCACGACGUUUGAUGCGCACAGGAGGCUGUUCUUGAACCCCAUGCGUCAGCGAAGUUCGGGGAGGGAGUUCUCGCUGGGCGUGCCGCCGCCGAAUGUCAAGCCUGGGCUGAAUGUUGCUUUCGUGCAUCAAUUCAUGGCGAUCAUGCAAAUCGCAGUGCCGAGGCUGGGAUCGAAAGAGUCCGGACUGUUGACAACACAUGCGUUCUUCCUCCUGCUACGGACGUACCUCUCGCUCGUCGUAGCUCGGAUGGACGGAGAAAUCGUCCGAGACCUCAUCGCUGGUAAAGGCAAGGACUUCCUGUUCGGACUGGUCAAAUGGCUUUCCGUGGGUGUCAUCGGCAGCUACACCAACUCGAUGAUCAAGUUCCUGCAGGCGAAGAUCAGCAUCGCGUUCCGGACACGCCUGACGAGAUAUAUCCACGAUCUGUACCUGGGUUCGCAUAUGGCGUACUAUAAGAUGCACGCGCUGGAUGGAGGGAUCGAGCAUGGCGCGGAUCAGUUCGUUUGUCGGGACCUGACUCUGUUCUGCGAUAAUGCGGCUAACCUUUACUCGAGCUUGGGAAAGCCGCUGGUGGAUCUUGUCACAUUCAAUUACCAGCUUUACCGUUCUUUGGGACCUUUGGCGUUGAGUGGGUUGCUUAGCACUUAUAUCGGGACUGCAAUCUUGCUGAAGAAGUUGAGCCCGCCUUUUGCCAAGCUGAAGUCUGUUGAGGCUCGGAAGGAGGGCGACUUCAGAUCAUUGCACGCCAGGCUGAUCGCCAACGCUGAAGAGGUGGCCUUCUACGCUGGAGGACCGAUGGAGCAUGGCCUGCUUGAUCACGGCUUCAAGGAGCUCAAGAAAUGGAUGGAAGGUAUUUACCGUGUGAAGGUGGGAUACAACAUGCUUGAGGACUUUGUCUUGAAGUACACAUGGUCUGCGCUGGGCUAUGUCAUUACGAGUCUCCCGGUCUUCCUGCCUGAAAUGGGUCUUGCGCCAGAACCCAAAGUGUCGAAGAAUGUCACUCCUGAGGUCGCAGAUACUGCUGAGGCAGGUGACAGGACUGGUUCACGGACGAAGCAGUUCAUCACGAACAAGAAGUUGAUGCUGAACCUUGCAGAUGCCGGCAGCCGCAUGAUGUACUCCAUCAAGGACCUUUCUGAACUUGCUGGCCAGACGAGCAGAGUGUUCAAGCUCAUUAGUACUCUGCAUCGCGUGCAAGCGAACGCUUAUCAGCUGCCACCAAACGUCUAUCCGGAACCUUUCAAUCUGACCGAUGUUGCGGGAACUCUCCACAAGGGUUAUGAUGGCGUUCGUCUUGAGCACGUUCCUAUCGUAGCACCCUCUCCCUUCCCAAUGGGCGGUGAGGAGUUGAUCGACAACCUGUCUUUCAUCGUUGGACCGGGCGAUCAUCUGCUUAUAACAGGUCCUAACGGAGCAGGAAAGUCUGCAGUGUCUCGCAUCGUUGCUGGUCUAUGGCCAACGUAUCGCGGCUUGACAUCUAGACCACGCACCAAUGGCCAAGACGGCAUCAUGUUCCUUCCACAAAAAGUCUACCUAAGCCCCGGUACUCUUCGAGAUCAAGUCAUCUACCCCCACACUGAGGUGGACAUGAGAGAUGCUGGGCGUAGGGAAAGCGAGCUGCAAGCCAUCCUGGAGGAGGCCAAGCUUGGCUAUAUUCCCGAGCGUGAAGGUGGAUGGGAUACUAGGAAGAUGUGGCAAGAUGUUCUCAGUGGUGGUGAGAAGCAGCGUAUGGGCAUUGCUCGGUUGUUGUAUCAUGAACCUCGCUAUGCUUUUAUUGAUGAAGGCACGUCGGCGGUGAGCUCUGAUGUUGAGGGUAUUUUGUAUGAGACGGCAAAGCGGAAGGGGAUCACACUCGUCACGAUCUCCACGCGAGCAUCGCUCAAGCGGUACCACUCAUACACUCUGACGCUUGGCCUGGGCGAAGAAGCUAACGAGUACGAAUUCGUUCGCAUCGGUACGGCCAGCGAGAAGAACAGUGUGCUGCAGGAGAUCCAAGAAUUGCGCGAGAAGCUUGCUCAAGUAGACGAGUGGAAGCAGAGGAAGGAGCAAAUCGAGGAAGAACUAAGCAAAGUCUGGGUCGCCGGCAAGCAGGAGCUUGAAGCGCCGCAAUAUCACCAGGAAGAAGCAGCUACAACGUGA